AUACUUUUUUGAAAUUUUUGAAUUUUUCAAUUUCAGUGAAUACCAAUUUCGUAACGCAGAAAAUAACAUUAACAUUCGCGAUUCAGGAAUUUUAGCAUCCAGUAGCACGCUGUAAUUAUAAAAAUUAUGUUCGAAGAUUUAAAACUUAAAUGAGUACUGAAUUCAAAUUAGCCGCCUAAAACCAUUGAACUAAUGACCAAUGAGAAAAAAGUGUGAAGGAAUUUCGAGAUAUCGAUGCUUUGCGAGCUCGACCUAUGUGCCCUUUCACGAAUAGGAGAAAGGGGGGAAUAUAUAUACCUCAUCGAGUCGUGCCGAUGUGUUUGACCAUUUUAAAGUAGUGAAUCGUUGCAUGAUGGCUUCAAGCUUAAUAAAUCGACUGAAUUUAGCAUUGACACGAUGUGAACACUUCAUUGCUUCGUUGAUCGGUCCUAGACUUCCCCCAGGAUCUCUAUGCAGUCUGGACAUCAGUAAUCACGACCAUCAUCUUCAGAAUUUUGGAAAAUUCAAUUCAUUACCUUCCUUGAGAGAUAUCUUAAACGAUGGAAUUCUGUGGGCUGUCCCAAAACACAGGAGGAGUUUAGAAAAACGAAUGACUAGGAGAUUUGGUACACCUGGUCUACAUUGGAAGAUGCUGGUACCGAAGAAGCUUCUCAUUUGUCCUACAUGUGGCCACGAUCACCAGCCCGGUCUUCUUUGCAACAAUUGCUACUCAAGAGUAAAAGCUGAGACAAAAGAAAUUCAGGAGGCCAUCACGCAAAAUCUUGGUUUAGAACCAGUAGAGCAAAAUGUAAUAGUUCUGUACGAAGGGGAGAAAGAGCUGAAGGGAGCUGAUUAUUGGAAAGAACAGAGGAUUGUUGAACUCCCAAAAAAAAGGCCUGUCUGGUUUCACUCCAAUUUAAUGCAGCCUACUACCCAGGAGCCUGCAGAAACCAACGAUGUUAAACCUGACCAAUUGGCAUAAAUAGAAAGCUUGUAUUAUUUCGUUAAUAAACUUUGUUUUCGAGGGAUUGCAGAUGCCCUUUACAGGAAUAAAUAUCUCCAAAAUC